GGGGGUUGCUGUGGCAACUGAUGAUGGCGUGCUGCUCGCUUUGCCCUGCACUGCGCAUGCGCGGACCAUCGACACCCGCUUUCGCAGGCAGGAAAUGUGAGCAACUUUUUCCACCAUGUAGCCCCACGUUCGCACUUUUCGCCGCACCGACUCCGGUAACCCGCUUUCUUUUGUCGCACGUGUUUCUUAAAAGCACAUCUUCACCGGGCGAAGCGAGCGUUUACUUUUGAAUUUCCGCCGCAUUGGCUUUAAAAGCCGCGCAGAUUUUGCGGUCCUCUCACAAAACGGCGUCCUGUCCCUUUAAGCGAGGGGCCGCGCAGUCCGAGCCGCAGCCUUCCUACAGGCUGGAGCCGCGCUCACUCAGCACCCAUUCAGAAAUAAGACAUCGUUUGGAAAGGAAGCAUCUGAUUUUUCAUUCAGCGGAGUCAGAGAUGUCCACCUCUGUCGGGGGGCUGAGCCGAGCAGGAGCCACUUCUCAUGGCUGAUGUUUGGGCUUCACGUCCGGCGGCGGCUUCGAUCCAGCUCCGAGCGAACCACAAACAUGCUCGCUUCCUUCGUGAUUUCUUCCUCUUAACCCAACUCAGGCUGGUUUAAAACAGAAGCUUCCAUCCUUGUUUUGUUUUAUUUUAUUUUAUUUUUAUUUUGUUUAAAUUCUCCACCAAAUGACCACAGCCCAGGGCAGCCGUGGACCUGACAUGCCUACGGAGCAGUGAGCGAUGGCAGCCAAAGAGGACCUGUAUGCCAAAGUGACCCCGCGGCGGCAGCGCCAGAGCCGGCCGAGCACCGUCAAACACGGCUCCACUCUGGACGUGCUGCUGUCCAUGGGCUUCCCCAAGACCAGGGCCUUGAAAGCUCUCGUUUCCACAGGCGGCAAAAACGUCCAGGCAGCCUGCGACUGGCUCUUCUCCCAUGUGGACGACCCUUUCCUGGACGACCCUCUGCCCAGAGAGUACGUGUUGUAUCUGCGACCCAGCGGACCGCUGCUCCAGCAGCUCUCGCACUUCUGGAAGCAGUCCCGCCUCUCCUGCGGCAAAAACAAGGCACACAACAUCUUCCCCCACAUCACCCUGUGCCAGUUCUUCAUGUGUGCCGAUGGGAAGGUGGAGGCCCUGUGCGACGCCCUCCAGACCACCGUGACCAACUGGAAGGGUCGUAUCCCCAUGCCCCUCCCCCUGGAGCUCUACACCUCCACAACAUUCAUCGGCCUCUUUGUGGAGGAGCAGAUGGCCGAAGUCCUGAAGAACUUUGCUGCUGAUUUUGCCACUGAGGCGCAUUCCAAAGCAGAUGUUCACGUGGAGCCCCAUAAGAAACAGCUUCACGUCACUUUGGCUUACCAUUUUCAAACAAGUCACCUUCCAGUUUUGGAGAAGUUGGCCAAAAACGUGGAUGCGUCUUCAGGCUGCGAUUGGCUGGCUGUGCUCUUCUCCAGGGAUAUUCGGUUCGCUAAUCAUGAGACACUGCAAGUCAUGUACCCGUAUGUGCCUCAGAAUGAUGAUGAGCUCGAGCUGGUGCAAGGAGACUUCAUCUUCAUGUCCCCGGUGGAGCAGACCACAGCCAGUGAGGGCUGGGUGUACGGCACUUCUCUGGGCACGGGGCUGUCCGGCCUGCUGCCUGAGAACUACGUCAACCGUGCUGAUGAGUCCGAUACAUGGGUUGUCCAUGGGUCUCACUCCUUUCUCAACUGUGCCUCUCCAUCUAACGCUGGCAGCACCGUGGGUGGGUUAUUGUUCGAUGGACAGCUGAAUGACAGUCUACUUGACAGUCUUGUGGAUCCUCCCAGCCUCACCGGCCUCUGUCCUCCUAUGCAGGUGUCAAGGCCCACCGGUCAGCAGUCCCUGUCUAAGAUGAGGCUGUUUGUGUGUCGCCAUGGCGAGAGGAUGGACGUGGUGUUCGGCAAACACUGGGUCACUCAGUGCUUUGACUCCAAAGGUCGAUACGUUCGCUCUAAUCUCAACAUGCCAUCCAGCCUCCCAGCGAGAAGCGGAGGUCACCGCGACUACGAUAAAGAUUGUCCAAUUACUGUGUUUGGCUCCACCCAGGCACGUCUUGUAGGUGAAGCCCUAUUAGAAAGCCACACGACGAUAGACUUUGUUUACUGCUCUCCUUCUCUUCGCUGCAUCCAGACUGCUCAGCACAUUGUGCAGGGUCUCCAGCAGGAGGCAAAGACAAAAAUCCGUGUGGAGCCUGGAUUGUUUGAAUGGACCAAGUGGGUUUCAGGCACAUGUUUACCUACGUGGAUCCCCCCAGCUGAGCUGGCUGCUGCUAACCUGAGUGUGGACACAACAUACAGACCUCAUAUUCCUGUAAGUAAGUUGGCAGUGUCAGAGUCCUACGAUACCUACAUCAGCAGGAGCUUCCAAGUGACCCGAGAGAUCCUGACAGAGUGCAAAAACCUGGGUAAAGUAUAAUAAAGACAUUAUCAAGAGAUUCAAAUUGUUACUAAAUUUACUAAGCAUAAAUGUGGCCAACUUUCACUGGCUGAAUCAGCCCCUUUCUCUUCAAGAUGAUUAUAUUUUAAACUCCAUGUACAGCAGAAGGAAAUGUGUGAGUGUAUAUACUAAAUAUCGAGUUUGU